GAGGCUAGCUAAUACAAAAAUAAUAUUUUGAUCUGAAGAACUCUCAACGAAGGACUAUUUGUUUGGGAACUAAGGUUGUGUAAGUGUAACUUCUGCUAUAGCCUAUUCAAGGACUACUUCGACGGAGUAUCAUGCAAGCGGGUAUACGCUAUAUCUCUGCCGGAAGUGCUGGAGUGAUCGAAAUUCACUGGUAAACUGUAUUAUGAACUCAGCCAUGAGGUCGGGAAAUGUCUCGGCACGAGCUCAUAUUUACUGUAUUGGGCAUCGGCAGGAACUGUACGUAUGCCAGCUGCCCUCAAUGCCGGCGGAGAGCUGAACGCUGGAGACAGUCAUGUGUCAACUGCGGCUUGCUGGUUACGCAAGACUCCGCUGAGUUCAAUUAUGCCCUUGGAAUCAAAGCAUUGCUGCCGGCGGAUGAUGUGAAAUGGCUAACUCUCUACGGUAGUGGCCUGUGUACUGUCAUGGGAGGCUCCGCUCUGAAGUUUGUCAGAUUGCUGUGCGCGGAUGGUGACCUGGAAACAAGUUGUGGUGAGGCUGUGCGCCCUGUUCUUGAGUCAUGUUUGCUUGGUGUUGUUUUGCAGUGCAGUGGGCGCUGGUUGAGGCGCUCCACUGGCGUCAGCAGUAAGCACUUUGUAGCCGAGCACGUACGCCGUGUGGAUGGCUGCAGACUGAUGCCGGUCCUGGAUGUUCUGUCCGGAAGAGCUGGACGCGCCGUGUUGCAUUCUGCACCCGCACCGCUCUGUUAUGAUGCUAAUGCGCAGCCUGGAAAGGUAUCCACACUACACAAUAGUACAGGUACAUUUACACCACUGAGCAGACUGGAACGAAUGCACACUGCUAACGCUGGUAGUUCAGCACGACCAGGCCGAUAUGUCAGUGAUCAUACCACGCCUUGUCCUGCAUACCCAUCAUCCUGCUCAUCAGCUUCCCUUCUUCUAUCACACCGACAUCGUGCACAGCGCCGUGUCAACUGCAGGCAGCCAGAUGAUAUGCAGCGAUCGCCGCUGACACCCACCGUGCGGUCAAGAUCUGCGCUGGCCCUGUCUCGCAUGACUUCAACCCCUGCUGCUGCCGUUGGUAGUGCUGGCAUCUGGGCCGACUUGAGUCUACGCACGGUUACUAGGAAUCCUGCUCCGUCGAGGGCAUGCAGCACAAUGGAUAGUAUGUGUCUUGACUCGUCCAAGCUCUCAUCCCAUGCUGGUAGUCGUGUGCACACCGGUAGCUGUGUGUGUCACAAGGAGAACACUAUGACUGCUGGCCCUGUCUUGGCUGCAUGUCACCAGUGUCCUUUGCAGUCUUAUUCUACCAUGUUGACCGGCAGCAGUAGCAUAUCAACAAGCACUUCCCUAGCUGAAGAAACUGUUGGACCAACAUUGCCACUUGCCAGUACUCAAGCAUCUUUCAAUUGCCAUGCCCUGCAGCACUCCACUGACAGUACUUACAGGAACUGUGCUCCUGUGUGUAGUGCUGCUGUGGAGUAUACAGCUGGUAAUAGGAAUAUAAGUACACCUUUGGCCAGUGCAACAACGAGCUCUUUAUUGGAGCGUGCCUGUGAGGUGAAUGAUAGUGAUGCAGGUGCUGUCUACGAUGCAGGUAAAUCAGGUGAAUCUGUCCCUGAGCAAAACUGGCCUGAGUCAUACCAGCAAUGUGCUAGCCCUAGAACUGCUAUCCACAGUACUGCAAUGAGGAGCACUAGUCACAGGCUGCCUGAUCUCUCCCUGACACCGAUUCAGCUCCAAACUCUACUGGCCUGCGGGCACCCAUCUGCAGGCGAUGAGAGCACUGCUGCACAUGGAGCAGAGAGCUUCCACAGUGCCAGUGAUUUGUUUGCCACCUCCCAAUCUCAGAUUCAGCCAGGUAUCCCCCGAUCGCUGAGUCCCGACAGUGUAUAUGCCGUGAAUCAGUGUGAUACCGGUAAUAGUAGUCGCGGCAUAUACCCAGACUUUACAGACAGCCACCAUGUGGAAACAGGUGAUCGAGCUGCCAGUCCAGUCGAUAUGUUUUUAGUUGAAGAUGACUUUGAAAGUACCACUGCCAGUACUGAUGGCAGUGUGCAAUUUCCUCUGGCUGUUGACAACCAUGCCCAACCAGCCCUUGACUCACCUCUUUUGUUUAGUGAACCGGAUUUCUCAGGCGCCAGCGGCUUGGCUUGUGGUGAUCGCGUUGGAGACAGCAUUGGCGAAGACACGCUGGUCAAUGAUAGCUCGCUCUGUCGGAAACUGUUUGAGAAUCCAUAAUUAAUACACUCCGACAACAUACACUUUCUGCACAAUGCCAAUGGUCGUAUUUCGGGUACUCAAGAAGAUGAGCUGGUUCUCACCUUCAUAUCUUAUUCCUCUAUAGUUCUCACUGUUUUGAAUCAUCUUUUGAUGUUUAUUCCCUUGAUUUAUCUGAUGGAUUUUAUCUCUUUCUUAUAAAAUAAAACCAUCUUCAACUUGAA